AUGGACAGCUCAACCCAACAGAUUCGCGAACGUAUUAUUCGCCAAAUCCGAGUGAUUCCCUCUGAAUCUCUACCUGAUGUCGGCUCAGGCUCGUUGCGAAUACGAAUACUUGCCGAUACCCCAAAUAGUAUUCUUGACCCUGAAGAUUAUUUAAGUUCCAUACGUCCUUUUGUUUCUGCGACCGAGGAAUACCUCCGAAGAUUGCACCCGGAUAAUGAGACUCGCUUGGUCGCCGUCAAAAUCUGCCGCGGAAAGCACUCCUAUUUUAUAAUCGACCUCAAUAAUACCGAUUAUAACUAUGAAACCGCUCAUGAAUGCAGGACAUUGAUCCCUGUCUAUGUCCUUGGCCUAACGAAGAAACAACUCACACUUGUCCGAAAACGAUCGCUGGAUGAAACAAUUGCUAAGGUUCUUAGGAACAUGCACAAUCUCCAUGGUCAGGAUCCUUUACCUUUGUUUGAUAACCAUUACGACGAGAAUCUUCAUUACCCGAACCCACGCCAACCGCAAAUUGAGACUUGA